ACCGAUGUGUGGGUUCAAUCUAAAAGGUUGGGUGCUUUGGGGUUUUGGGUUUUGCUCACACAAACACAAACACAAAAACAAAAACAAAAAAUGAUGAGACCAAAGGUAUAUCUGUUCGGUGACUCCAUUACCGAGGAAUCAUUUUCCGAUGGUGGCUGGGGUGCCGCUCUCGCCAACCACUUCGCUCGUACGGCCGAUGUAGUGUUGAGGGGUUAUAGUGGGUAUAACACCAGAUGGGCUAUUAAAGUGUUGGAUAAGGUGUUUCCGCCUGAGCUGAAUGUCGGCGGUGGUCGUGCUCCACUUGCAGUGACGGUGUUCUUCGGUGCAAACGAUGCGUGUCUUCCAGAUAGAUACGGUGCCUUUCAACAUGUUCCUAUCGAUGAAUACAAACAAAAUCUUUUUUCCAUUGUUUCCUAUCUCAAGAAGCGUUGGCCUUCCACUCAUGUUAUUCUCAUCACUCCUCCUCCAAUUGAUGAAGCUGCACGCCUAUUACAUCCAUACAAUGAGAAUCCUUCAAAUUUACCAGAACGAACAAAUGAAGCUGCUGGCAAUUAUGCCAAAGCAUGUGUCGCAGUUGCAGAAGAAUGCGGAGUCCCAUUUAUCGAUCUUUGGACACGAAUGCAACAGUUUCUUGACUGGGCCAAAGCUUAUUUGCGGGACGGUUUGCAUCUUACUCAGAAUGGAAACAAGAUUGUUUUUGAGGAAAUAAUUGGAAAACUGGAUGAAGUAGGAUUGAGUCUGGAAACACUUCCAGCGCAUCUACCUUAUUUUAAUGCGAUCGAUCCUAAGAAUCCUCUCAAGGCUUUUGAAGAAUGAAAGGAUAGUCUUUUUUAUUUGUGCAAAAACUGGAUGAAGUAGGAUUUUGUCUGGAAACACUUCCAGCCCAUUUACCAUAUUUUAAUGCAAUCGAUCCUAAGAAUUCGCUCAAGGCUUCUGAUAAUGAAGGAUAGUCUUUUUGAUUUGUGCAUCAUGUGUCACUAAGUAUGUUCUUUGUACUCAGCAAUAUUUUGCUGCAAGCUGUAUGCCUGAAUCUGAUCAUGAUUUUCUUCAUUCUAUCAUCAUUCUGGUCUAUCGAGCCAGAAACAAUGUGGUUAUGAAAUUCCUAUAACAACAUUCUGAUUUUGCUUUUUGGAUAUAACAUGGAUUUUAUUUACUUCUUUUUGAAUAAAAUAAUCUGUUGUAUCUCA